AUGGACCUCUACUCAAAAUUAAGCACCAAUAUGGAAGAUAUUGUCCAGCUUUUCCAAUCGCGGAUGGGAGAUAUGGAGAAAAGCCUGCAUCAGAUGUCUAGCUCCCCUUCCAGACAACAGGAUAUCACUGCUUUGAACCGUGAGUACCAUGACUUCAAGACGUUUAUCUGGAAAUCUGUCAGCUUACUAAAAUCACAGAUUGAACUCCUUUCCUUGGGUUUAGAUCGGCACGAAACAGCUUCCAGGAGGAAGGUUCUAUUGUUACAUGGUGUUCCCGAGUCUCCAAAUGAGAAUUUAAAAGAAAGUAUUGCUAAAAUACUAAAUGAGCAGUUAAAGGUAACGAAUCAAUGUUCUGCAGACAUAUCCGUCAGCCAUCGUCUUGGUAGUAAACAAGCAAAGGCUCGGCCAAUACUGGUUCGUUUUCAUAAUUAUUCUGCACGUAAUGAAGUGUGGAGUAAAAAAACUGCAUUGAAGGGCACCAGCACAUCAAUAUCCGAAUUUCUUAUUAAAUCUAGACAUGAUCUAUUUGUUGAGGCUAGAAAGCAUUUUGGCAUUAAUAAAUGUUGGACAUCUGAAGGAAAAGUGGUUAUAUUGCUACCGGAUCAGUCGCGGCGUAAGAUUGAACUGAAGUCAGAGUUGCAUCCAUUAACCACCAAGUUCCCAGUUAAAGACUCGACGCAAAGUAAACCUGCAGCAGGUACCGAUAAAACCACCAAAAAAGCAGCAACGAUGACCACUAGGCGCCAGGGACCGAGCAACAAAUAA